CAAGCUUCAUUCUACGCUGAGCCGCGAGGGGAGGUGGACUGCGCGCCUCCUGUCCAUUCACUCCCCGUACCAUAACUUAAACACGUGGUAGAAACAUCAUUUUCAAACCCAGAAAAUGUAAAACUGAACGGUGCAGACGAGUAACCAUGGCGUGCGAUCAGUAUAAAAGCAAUCAGUAAUUACUAAAUGAACAAGUGCAAAUUAACUACAGCAAUUAAAAGGAUUAUUAACAACAGUCAUUGGCUAUCUGGUGUACCGUACGCAGCCAGGAUCUGCAACAAUAACAAUCCCUGGCUAUCACAAGUACCGUACGGAGCCAGAAUCUGCAACAAUAACAAUCCCUGGCUAUCACAAAUACCGUACGCAGCCAGGAUCACCAAUAAUAACAAUCUCUGGCUAUCACGAGUACCGUACCCACCCAGGCUCUGCAACAAUAACAAUCCCUGGCUAUUACAAGUACCGUACGCAGCCAUGUCCAGUAAGGUUCAGCCCAGGGAAAACGCAGCGCCGCCCACCACUAAGAUAGAGAGCAGAGUGGGGCCAGAGACCAAGUUCUUCGUGAAUGCAAAGGGGAAACGGAUUCACUGCUCCUACUGGCGACCCAACGACUGCACGGAGAUCAGGGGCCUCAUCUUCUUGUGUCACGGCUUCGCUGAACACCUGCAGUGGUAUGAGGACCUGGCCCUCAGACUUACUGCUCGUGACCUCCUGGCGUUUGGACAUGACCACGUGGGGCACGGAAGGUCUGAGGGCGUGCGAGGCUAUGUAGAGAAUGUGGACGACUACGUGGAGGACGUGUUGCGCCACUGCGAUGACGUGCGCGCUGGUUACCCCGGCCUGCCCUGCUUCAUCGUGGGGCACUCCAUGGGCGGCAUGAUCGCCAUCCGCACCGCCAUGGCACGCCCGGAGCUGUUCAGAGGCGUGGUUCUGAUGGGGCCGCUUAUCAGAGCCAAUGAAGCAGAGGCCACGCCGCUAAAAAUCUUCCUGGCGCGGCUCGUUGCUCGCCUCCUGCCCUACAUCACGGUAGCCACACUUAAGCUGGAACACGUGACGAGGGACCAGGACAUGAGGAACAGACUGAAGAAGGACCCGCUAAGGUACCACGGGGGCAUCAGGGCACGAUGGGCAGCGGCAGUGGUGGACUCGCUACUGAGGAUAGAGGAACAGAUGGACAGUGUAGAGUGGCCCUUCCUGGUGCUGCAUGGGGAGGCGGACCAACUCUGCGCCCCCGAUGGCUCCAGAGACUUGCUUGAGCGCUCCGUCAGUAGUGAUAAGGAACUCAAGGUGUUUCCCGCUGCCUCCCACAACCUUUACCUAGAGGUGCCAGACGUGCGGCUCCAGGCUCUGCAGGACACGGUGGAGUGGAUCACUGCACGCCUGCCUGACUCCAACACAAAGUAACUCCACCCGUCCCUACCAAUCCACUUCCCUACUCCACCUCUUCCCAUCCACUACCACAAGUAACUACUCCACCACCCCCAGCACAAGUAAUUCCACGUCUCCACUACUACUCCACCAAUCCACCAGUCCACCAGUCCCAGCUACAAGUCCUCCACUCCACAGCCACGACCUUCACUUCUCCACCAGUACUUGCUAGUUUCCUUGUCUCCACUACCUCAUAUAGUCUCCUCCUCCUCCUCCUCCUCCUCCUCCUCCUCCUCCACGUGACCUUCACAACUAGCAGCAAUAGUACUAAAAGCAGCAACAGCAGUAGUAAUAGUAGCAAUACCACCACCAUCACCACCACCAACACCACCACCACCAGCAACAACAACAACAAUAACAACAACAAUCACUACCACCACCACCACCACCACCACCAUAACCUUCACACACACACACACACACACACACCUAGGCACUAAUAAACCUUCCCAAGACAACUAAAGCAAACAUACAAACAAACAAACAAACAAAAGAUAACAAGUAAUUCUAGAAACACGACACAAUAAAUAAAUAGAUAAAUAAUCGAUGUAUUGAAGUGUAAUUUUGUGUAAUUCUUUUGUAAUUACUAUGUACCUUUGAUUUGUGUGUGUGUGUGUGUGUGUGUGUGUGUGUGUGUGUGUGUACAUUAUUAUUAUUAUUAUUAUUAUUAUUAUUAUUAUUAUUAUUAUUAUUAUUAUUAUUAUUAGAGUUGAGGUUACAUACAUAUAUAAUGUAUAUAAUUAUAUAUAACCUGUAAUUCAAAUGGCAUUUAGAGAGAGAGAGAGAGAGAGAGAGAGAGAGAGAGAGAGAGAGAGAGAGAGAGAGAGAGAGUACAAAAACCAAUAAGUAAUUUCCUGUCUUCCUCUCACCUUUCUGUACUUACAUAGGUAAACCUCCUCCUCCUCCUCCUCCUCCUCCUCCUCCUCCUCCUCCUCCUCCUCCUCCUCCUCCUCCUGCUGCUCCCCCUCCUCCUCCUCCUACUUUCGUAACCUUUUUUUCUAAACUCAUCUUAUAGUUUCCUACUCUCUCUCUCUCUCUCUCUCUCUCUCUCUCUCUCUCUCUCUCUCUCUCUCUCUCUCUCUCGUCAUGUAAAUAAAAAAAUGUACAUUGUCGUUUUUUUUUCUCUUUUUUUCAUGUAAGAUUUUCACAAACAUUUUUUUCGCCCUCUCACUGUAUCUUUCUUUCUUUCUUUCUCUCUUUCUCUCUCCCUCUUUCUUUUUCAUCCUGUCGGUUUCUCCUGAAGCGAGAAACUAGUGUGCGUGUGUUUUUUCAUCCGUUUUCUUUAAGUCCCCCCUCUCUCUUAUGGUAUUAUAGAAAACGUGACAUGUGAGGUUGUGUAUUGUAUUCACUGGUGUAUAUAGAGAUCAGAGAGAGAGAGAGAGAGAGAGAGAGAGAGAGAGAGAGAGAGAGAGAGAAUGAUAACAUAAGGAAGAGAGAGAGAGAGAGAGAAAGGAGAGAGAGUGUGUGUGUGUGUGUGUGUGUGUGUGUGUGUGUGUGUGUGUACUGUACAUCAACUUUCGGAGAACGUACGAUUGCAAAACUGUAAGAACUCUAUAUGAAUGAUUACAAAACUAACUUUACUAACCAUUUGUCAUUUAUUUAUUUAUUUAUUUAUUUAUUUAUUUAUUUUUUGUGUGCGUUAAUAGAGCAGACCUCAUUUUCAUAUGUUUAUAAAUUUUCGGAUAAAUGCAGCCAAUUGAGCAACACUGGUUACUUCCGGCUGUCAGUCAAAUGAGAUUCCAAUAAUAACAAUAUGAAUCAUUUACUAUAAGUCCUCAGGAAAAAAAAAUCGACUUUGAAGUUAUUAUUAUUAUUAUUAUUAUUAUUAUUAUUAUUAUUAUUAUUAUUAUUAUUAUUGUUGUUGUUGUUGUUCUUAUUACUAUCAUUUGGUGUAUGGCUGUUUCCUUUUGUAAAUAAAUAAAGUUACCAGUACAG